AUGAGGCGCUGGUGGGCCAAGCGCUCGGAUCUCAUCUUGCUCCUCUUCGAUCCCGACAAGCCGGGCACCACGGGCGAGACCUUGGAGGUUUUGACCAAGUCCCUGGCAGGAUUGGACCACAAAUUCCUGGUGGUCUUGAACAAGGUGGACCAGUUGGACAACAACGUGGACUUCGCCCGCGCCUUCGGCACCUUAGGAUGGGCCUUGUCGAAGGUCAUUCCACAGAAGGACAUUCCCAUGGUUUGGACCAUGUACAAUGAACGCAACGGCCCAAGAAAUGGUUCGAAGCGCCCGCCCCACGAGAACGAGCUCCCGCUGGAGGCCUUUGCGGCCAACCGCAAUGCCGUGGUGCGUGAAGUUCUACGAGCCAAGGUGAGACAUUGGGACAACAUCGUGACAGCCCUUGAGGAGUGCCUGCGGCAGUGCGACAUGUUGUCGCGGAUGUGCAAUAUGGUGCGAGAGAAUGCGCAGCAGCAAAUCUGCAAAGCCUGGAGAGGUGCAGGGAUCAUGUUGACCCUGCCCUGGCUCCUGGUCGCCUUCUUAUGGCGCGGAGAUCUGCUGAUGGGGGGCUCUGGUUGGCAGACGGAAGAAGGAGGAAAUUCGUUCAUGAUCCAAGCCUUUGUGCUUUGCUGCCUCCUAUGUUUGAUCGUUUUGGGCCUCACGCUGGAACAACUACGACAGUUUGAUCGGAUCCAACUGAGCCGAGCAGGACUGGAGACCAUGUUUGAGACGGUCUAUCACCACAUCUUCAUCCAUACCGGUGGGGAGGACCUGCGAGUACGCUGGGCGACGGUGCGACCCUUGUUGGAGGCGAUGUUGAAGAGCGUGAAGAACCCCACCCAGCUGCCAGUCAUUGAACCCUGGGAACUGACGCGUAUCCACGACGUCCUAGAGCAGGACAUUUGGUACUUGCGACAGUUGGCCAAACGCCUGCGUCCCUUGGAGCCCAAGAUGCCCGGCACGGAUCCACUUCCCACGUCGGCACCGGCGCCGCGCUUCCGCGGUGGCAGUGCCGAGUCGUCGCCGUCGCCCACGGGGCAAGGGCAAGCCAUGCACGGCAGCCUGGCGACCCACGGCAGCCUGGCGGAAGCUGCCAAAGUGCAGCACGAGAAGUCGAAGGACGACAAGGCCUUUGCGAACGCCAAACGACGAGACUAUUUUGGCAUCGCCAAAAGCGCUUCCUUGCGGCUGGUGGCCAUGGGAGCAGUUUUCUUUUCGGCUGGAUUGCCCCGUAUCUCCGCGGUGCUUCUCUUUAAUGACUCCUAUGAGGUGGGACACUUCUGUAGCAAGAUCAAUGCCACCUACUGCCGACGACAUGGCUACAGGAUGCAAUCCUUGGUCUUCAGCGAUAAGGAGAUGAAGGUCCUGUGCGAAGAUCGCCACUUUGCCUGGGGGAAGGUGGCUUUGCUUCGCUGGCUCCUGUCCAAAGUCACUUCCAAACCCAUCAGGAAUGAGCUGUUGGAAAAGAAGAUCAGUGAGCAAGACUGCCAUGAGCUUUUGCAGGCAGAUUGGCUCGUGUGGUUUGAUGCGGAUUUGAUGGUAUUGAACCACACAUGGCCCUUGGCAAACUUUGUCAUGGGCUGUCCCAAGGAUCUGGUCUUGGGUGAAGAUAUGGCAGAUCUGGAUUGGCUGAAUACCGGCCUCAUGUUGUGUCGCAUCGCAAGCCCCUGGAUCCAAAGUCUGUGGGACAAGGUAUGGGAGCAAACUCCAGAGACCUUCCACCAGGGAGAGUUUUGGGAUCAGAGUGCCCUGUGCAGCCGUUUGGCGAAGUGGGGCGAGUUCAGUCCGGAGGUUCUUGGGGGCAAAAAGACCGAGGCUCCUCCAGGAAAAGUGCCUUGGUUCAGUUGGCAGGGUGGCCCUCGUGUGCGCGAGACGCAACACCUCAGGGUGCUGGACGCCGGCGGAACGCAGAGCAACAACCCGCGCUACGCGCGCUUCGCGUUUCACGCCGCAGGGAUGAAGGACAAGCUCCGUUCCUGUCAGCACAUUCUGGAGCUCGGUACCGUCGAGAUGAAUCCAUGGGGAUGGCCUCUCUUAGAACGUCAGCUUUGGGCCUCUGAGCGGCGGGUCAAGUUCGUGGAAGAGUGGACUGGACAACAGCAACCUGCCAUUUUGAAAGCAGAGUCGCAGGGACCUCAGAGGUCACGAGGUCAUUUCAAAGCGCUCAAGCGCAUCAGCGGCCUUCUGCGCUCCGGACAUCUCAAGGGUGAACAGGAGCGGAGGGUGGCUGAGAUCAUACGGGGAGCUGCAGGGGAGCUCACAGAUCUCGUGGAAGAGAAUCUGCCCAAGGGUAGGGCAGACCUUCCUCCCCCUGGACAGGAGGCAACAUCGGGCCUAACCUCCGGGCCGCUUGAAGCUCCCGCCGCCAAGAAGGGCGAGAAGGGAGACAGCGACUACACAGAGGAAUCCAGUGAAGAGGAAGGGGCUGUAGAGGAGGCAGCCGUGGAGCCAGAGGCCACAGCAGUCAAAGCGGAGGCCGGCGAGGAAGAUACUACCCCACGGGAGACAGCAGGGGCGGCUCCUGAGGGCACAGGUGUUCGUGACGGAGGAGGCCACUCAGGGGACGAAUUGGAGGAUCCAGGGGCCUUGGCACUGCGGCCAGCCCCAAAAGCUUCAAGCAGAGAUAACCGGGACCGGGCACCCAACGGUCCUGACUCGGAUCGAGGGUACCGCCGGGCAGAGGGAUCCCCCAGGCGACCGAUCACUCCUGAGAGGCGGGGCGGAGGACCCCGACCGGGAGAUCAAGAGGAGGAAAAAGAUCAAGGAGAGGCGCCGAAAGAAGGCGGCGAGACAAUGCCCCCAAAAGGCAAAGCAAAAGCCAAAGCGUUGGGUCGGGCCAGGCCGCUGGGAGUGAGGCGGAGGCCAGCAGCUCGGGUUGGCGGACAAGCGGGGGUGUUGGACGCCCCCGACCGCGCUCGCCAAGGGAGGCGGAGGCCCGCUGCAAGAGAGGAAGGCCGCACGCUUUGGGAGCAGGGGCUGGAAACGGAGCUCCACCAGGUCCCCAUCGACCUGUUCAAACCUGGGUCGUCGUUGGUCAUUGCGGUGGCCGACUACUUUGGGGGCGCGGCGAAGAUAGCCGGAACAAUCCAGAGGCUGGAGGUGGAGAAGGACUCCAGUUAUCUUCAAGUGCGCCUCAGCGGGACCGACCACGAAGGGGUCCUGCGAGCACACAGUGGGAUGAAGGAUCAGCCCUUCCGGGUGCACAUUUGCCCCCCACAGUGCGGCCGCCAGGAGAGUGGCGACUUUCUAGCCCAUGGUCUGAAAGGCAGGCGCCGCAAGGAAGAAGGAGAGGAAGGCUGGGUCACCAGCCUGGAGCCCCCUGCCAUGGAGGGCGAGGACGAGCUCGCGAUGUUGAGGAGGCGGGAGCAGGAGCUCCUGCGCGAGAGGGGCGAGAGGGCCCGUGCGUCCCCAUCACGUCGAGAACGACGCCAGACACCAAAGGAGCCAGAGGAGGAAGAGAUCCAGAAAAAGAAGAAGAAAAAGAAGAAGAAAAAAGCAAAGGAGGACGCAGAGGAACUGGUGAACGGGAGACACGCGGCCAGGGCAUCGGUGAAGGAGUUGUCACAGGUUUUCGGGGGCACGGCCCUCGACCCGCGGGAGAAGAUCAGGAAGAGAGUGCUCAGGAGGGCACAGAAGUACGCGGCGCGGAAAAAGAGCAGGCGCUCCAGCUCCAGCAGCAGUCACGGGAGCAGUGGCUCCUCGACCAGCACAUCGAGUGGCGAGCCGGCGACCGAGGGGGUUUUCUCGGAGGAGACAAAGGCAAGAGGCCUUUCGGAGCGCUUCCCGGGGGCACUGUCGGUAGAGACGCUCUUGAGUAUGCGCCGGAGCCUGUUGGCGACGUCAGGCGAAGACGGCGACUUGCAGUCGACCAAACCGGUAGCUCUCUUGUACUACCGCAAUGUUCUGGGCCGCAAGGCAACAGGAGCGCAGGCGCGAGAGUUGUUGACACUCUCGAGCGCGGUAGAUGCCCUGCUGAGGGGGCGGGUAGCCCUCGCCACCGACAUCUUAUGCCAGAGGCUCAAAGCCCAGGAGUCGGUCCUUGCCGGAACUCCCUGGCAGGUGGCACAGAAGGUGAAAAUUGCCUCAGCGGAAGCUACCGCCCUGAUUGCUCGGGGCGAGCUGCAGGCAGCGCAGCGGGAGAGCUACCUGGAUUCGAAGACAAAGUGGCAGAAUCUAGCAUCUACCCCCAAGGGUCAGCCCAAGGGAAAGGGCAAAGGCAAGUCGGACAAGGACGGCGGAAAGGACGAAAGGCGAGAGGAGUCCCGGAAGGACAGAGGAGCUAUGAACCAAGCUAUGAGUAUAGAGGUCCAAGACACUGGACCACCUGAUGUAUUCCGGGAGGUUGGGAAUACCUCCUAUGCCGCUGAGGGUGGUGUACGGGCGGACGUCCUGCCUGACCCCUUGGCGAUGAUUUCUCCGAUGGAGCCUUGCCCGGUUCCGUUGAGUGACCCGGUCCUUUUUGAUGACCAGGGCCACGUGUCUUUUGAUUUGGGCCACAGCGGCCUGGCGACAUUGCUGGAUCUGCAAGCAGGUGCCCCCAUCCGCCUUCGCCGGUGUUUGCACCGGGCAUGGCUGGUGGAGAGCUACGCAGAGGCCUUCGCGGAGCAACCGCGGUUGAAGGAGGUCGGGUUCAGCUUUCUCCUCGACUGCUCGGGGAAAUUGUAUAAGUUCUACACAAAGCAUCAUUUGUUUCCUACAGGUAUCUCUGAGGAUAUGUCCAUCAUUGUGAGUCGCUUCCGCCGGCUCUACCGCCUGGCUGACACCAGCAAGCGCAAGAAGAUCUCUGACCUCAAGAAGAGCUUGGCUGGCAUCGUGGACUUCAAGCCUAGCGAUUCGCACCCUGAUGAUGACGAGGAGGAGGAUGACUUCAGCCCUGCUAGCCUGGAAACCUUGUCGGAGAUUUCUGAGUCAACAGCUUCGAGCACUGGUGCACUUCCGGACUUUGCUGGGCAGACCCAGACGGAUUGCCGAUUGGUGCUGCUGGCACAGCAGCUCAAAGCUGCCAAGGAGCAUGCAGCAGAGAUCAACAAGAUCCAGGACAUCAGCCCGGAGAAGCCCAAGGAUCUGGCAUCUUUGGCGACGGCACUGAAAGCUGCCGUUGCAAGUGCGAAGAAGUCUCCUGAUCAGCAAUCGCAUGCGCUGCCAUCCUAUGUUUUUGCAGGUGUUGCUGAAAUCAGCAAAGCUUGCAGAGCACAUGGCCUGGUGGGAUCUUCACAUGAUAUCACGAUGGCUGUCAAUGAGCUUCUUCGUGCAGUUCCUGGCUCGCUCUGUGUCUUUGCACUUUGCUGCAACAGCUACUGCCGAAUGCACCCAGGAGUCGAUCCACAUCGGGCCGUGGCAUUCUGUUUCCUCUUGGUGACACUUCGAGGCUUUCACGACAAGUUUUUGGAUGUGAGCAUUCCAAGGGCCUAUACUCCUUGUUUUGGGCAGCGAGUGGCAUUGUUGGCCAAAGAACUUCGUGAGGUUUUUGCAGGUGUUGCUGAAAUCAGCAAAGCUUGCAGAGCACAUGGCCUGGUGGGAUCUUCACAUGAUAUCACGAUGGCUGUCAAUGAGCUUCUUCGUGCAGUUCCUGGCUCGCUCUGUGUCUUUGCACUUUGCUGCAACAGCUACUGCCGAAUGCACCCAGGAGUCGAUCCACAUCGGGCCGUGGCAUUCUGUUUCCUCUUGGUGACACUUCGAGGAGAUUUGUUCAGGCUUUCACGACAAGUUUUUGGAUGGGAGCAUUCCAAGGACCUACGGCCAAAAGGCAUAGGCUUUGGAGAGCCCUUACCACCUCCAAAAAUUCAUCAAGAAGUUGAUGCGAGAAAGGACGACUUUGAGCUUUUCCAGCCAUAUGUUCUCCCGAAUGGUGGCCUGUGUGGGAUUGGUGAUAUGUGGACAGAUGCCCAACUGCCCGAAUGCCUCGACUACUUGGCUGGGUGCAAAUACUUGAAGCCGCCUGGGCGCUGGGUUACCAAGGUUGCACAGAAAGCCAAGGAGAAGGAACCUUCUGAGCAGGAAGAGGCAGAGGAGGAAACCCUAGAAUCUGAUGACGAGGUAGAAGAAACCCCUGUUAUCAUGAAACGUCCAGCUGCCAAACCGCAGAACAAGAAGGGCAAGGGAAAGGGAGCCAAGGUUGCUGAGCCUGACACCCCUGCAGUGGAGCUUCCCCGGGCAAAAAAACCACCAAUUGAGGCCCCUGUGAUCUUUGGUUUGGAAAGUAAGCAGGAAGGGUCCGUUGGCCCCGAUACGGCUGAGGGUUCUGUUGCCCGCCCAGUUGAGACCCCUGCAGCGGAAGAAGCUUCCGUUGCCCCCAGCCCGGUUGAGACCCCAGCGGCAGAAGUUUCAGCACUUGAAGCUGUUCAACCUUUGAAGCGCUCGCGCACUGAUGGUCUUGCAACACGCUUCAACAGGGUCUCGGAUUGGUGGCCGCACAGCAUUCCCAGCUGCCUCCUGGAAGUCUUGUUGGGUGCAAGUGUGAGCACUCUUGGGACUACAGUGGCGGCAUCUCCGCUAGAGCUGGAAUUGCAGGCAAAACUUGCUGCUGUUCAGGCUGAAUUGCAUGCUGUCAAGGCGAAGCAGGUCAGCCACCAACAGGAGCUGGGUUUAGUGACUGACAUUGACAGGGAUAAACUUUAUCGACGUAUGGAUGCAGAGCUUUGGGAUCAAUUGCUCCUAGCGCAGGAUGGUACUCCUAUUGCCCCAGAUCGUGAUCCAGAUGAUCCGAUGGCAAAGCCUGGUGCCUGCCUCACUGCUGCCCCAUCCCCUGAUGGAUGCAUCCAUCAGCCGCCCACCGACACCUAUGAGGACACGCAGAUGGUUGAUCCGCCCAAUGAGCCUGGUGACUCCCAGGUUUUAAGCCAUUCGCCCGGGCAUGGUGCAUCCAGCAGUGGCCCAGAACAGAAGCAGCAGAAGGUCCAUUUCUUUCAUGAACCUUUGAAGAAGGAACCGGUUGUGGUGGGUGCAACUUUGACACCGCCCAAGCAACAUGCAGUAGCUUCACCUGCAGCACCUGCAGAGCCGAAGCAAGCAGUGCCCACAGCACCACCGCAGCCCAAGCAACCUGCAGCACCAUGUGCAGUGCCCACAGCACCACCUGAGCCCAAGCAACCUGCAGUUGCACCUGCAGUUGCACCUGAGCAACCUGCAGUCAUGAGUGCACCUCCACCACCUGUGGAGCCCAAGCAAGCUGCACCUGCACCGAUGCCUAAGCAACCUGCACUGGAUGCACCUUCACCAGCUGUGGAGCCCAAGCAACCUGCAGUACCUGCACCAGCUGUGGCAACACCUGCAACUCCUUCGGAACCUACACUGGCAUCUGUGGAGGCAAUGGUGGCAGGUGUGCGAAGUGAAGGCCAUGGUACGCCAGCCAUUCCCGAUGACCUAGCCCAGAUGAUUGCAGCAGCACCCCCAGGCAGUUCCGGGCCAAACCAGCAACAAGGUGGAGUGCCUCACCAGACAGCACUUGAUCCCAGAAUCAACACAUCCACCCACCGGGCAGCGUCUAUGAGGCUCAACCGCUUCAUGGAAUCUGCAGAAGGGCAAAAGUUUCCACACAUGUUGAAGCUCUUCAACUCCAACAAUGAUGACAAACGAAAGCUUUUGCAGACGUGGGUGGCCGAGGGUGAGAACCGACAAUCCUGUGAGUCCAGGGUGAUCCUUACCAAGGAGUCUGCGAACAUCUACCGUGGUCAGCGGGAAUUGGUUUCCAUCCGGGAUAUGAUCUUGGUGAAGAAUUGGCCUAUGGAGAAAAUACGGGGAAUCGUGUCGAGAGGUGGAGGGAUCCCAGAUGCCGAUGCACCCUCAGUACCAGCUCUCACCCAAUACUGGUGCUACGUUUCAAGAACUCAAACGGAGGAGGAAUCUGUGAGACAAACAGCAGAGACACAGAUCGCAGCAGAGACCAGUGCGGAAGGGAUUGGUGGCAUUUUGGGAUCUGCUUUACCCAACUUGGGACAUGCAGCAGGUGUGAGUCAGCAACAGCUGGAUGAGAUCGCCCAGGCAACCGGAUCUGUCGCGCCCCAAGGUACUCCUGCAGCAGCUAAGACCCGUGCGAAGGCCAAGGCGAAGCCGAAGGGAGGUCCGAAAGCCUCGGCUGCCACUGGAGUGACUUCCGUGGAACCGAUGACUGCGAGUGAGCGCAAGUCUGCAAUUGGUGCUAGCAUCAAGAAAGAGCUUGCAACGAUGUCAGUUGCUUUGGAUCUACCGAAGGACCAUGCUCUCCGCACAACAAUUGAACAGUACAAGAAGCGCUUUGAAGACUACUCCGAUGAGCUAUCUGGAAAAUUCAGAACCUUUUUGUUGAAAACCACCAACACCAAUGAGAAUCUCGAGAGUUUGGCGGAUGAAGUUGCCGAAAGUGUCAAUGCUUACAGGAUGGUGAAAGCGCAGGGCAAAGCAGUCCUGGCCGAGCUCAAGAAGCAGUCCAAAUGUGCAUGGAGUGAUCCACGGCGUGAUGCGCAAUUGCAGCAAUUGCACGAAGUGCUGGCCACUGGCAUUGGAUCUGGUGGCUCUUCAAUGACUCAUGCAUGCCGAGUUGGGGAAAUUUUCGGGUCAGAAGUCUUUCAAAGGGUUGGUCAAGCAGAGCGCCGUGUUCACAAAGCUGCCCAGAAACGUGGUUUGAACAUGGAUGUUGACCUGUCCUACUUCGAGCUCCCUCUUUGCACCGACCCGGUACGGGCGAUGAUAGAUCAAGGUUAUCUGUCCCUACUCGUUGGUGAACUGGGUGAGUUGCAGGGGUAUUGGAACCAAUUGUAUGUCUAUGACGAGAACGGGAUCAAUCUCACUCUGCAGGCAGCUGGUGCUGUUAUCCGCGUCCUGGAUCUCCGCUGUUUUGUGGUGAAUUUCAAGGGUGAUUGGAAAUAUCUAUAUCAGCUCUUCUGCAUGGAACGCUAUGCCACCAAAGAAGAGGCCCUUUGGAGUGCCGACUGCUGGCUGAACCUACUGAACAAAUCCGGUAUGUUUCUGACAGAGCUGGAGGAACAGAACCGAUUGGCCCUUGGGAAGUUGAGCACUGUAAGCUAUGCAGCUUUGGCUGCCAAAGCUGUAGAGGUGCAUAAGCGCACUGCAACAGAAAACGUCCUCCGGCGCUUCCUGCUGGGACUCCGGGCCAAUCUUGACCGGGGAUUGAACAUGGUAGCAACAGUAGCUGGGAAGAUUGAUACAGCAGGUAUUGCGUGGCUGGCCAGUAUUGCUAUGGGCUUGAACUCCCUGUGGGGGGAUGAGGUCAUGUAUGAUGGAGAGGUGUCUGCAGUGGCACUUGAGUGCUUGGAGUGGCUGUCUAAGGAUGUCGAACGCAUCUGUCUCCUGGAAGGGAAAGUCGAGCUGUUUGAUUGGGAUCAGUUCUUCAGUACUCGAGGUAUAGACUAUCGCGGAGAUGAAGUCAAGACGGCCAGGGAGUUCACCUGGGGCAAUAUUGCUCCUGCGCUCCCGGCUGAGGUAGGGCGAGUGCCAUUGGAACAAGUGUGCACCCUCGGCGCCCGUCACUAUGUGGAAAACCUCGACUUGUACAUCAAGCCGCGUGAUCGCUGGGAACUGGUGAAGCCCCCGCGGGUCAUGGUACCUGAGGGCGCAUGGGCGGAGGUCUGUAGUGGCCUCCUCACAGCGGGCAUCUGUGUGCUGCUGCCGGUGGAAGAGGUUUUUCACAUUGAGCAGCAGCCGUUGCUCAACGGCCUCUUUGGGGUGACGAAAGACGAGUGGUCCGGCGAAUACGAGGUUUACAGAUUGAUAAUGAACCUCACGCCUUUUAACGGGUUGGCAGAGCCCCUGAAAGGCGACGUCGAGACUCUCCCUAUGUGGAGUCAGAUGUCCCCCUUCUUUUUGCAGCCAGAGGAAAGCCUGCUGGUUAGCAGCGAAGACGUCCGCUGCUUCUUUUAUACCAUGUCAGUUCCACCGGCCUGGUAUAAGUACCUAGCCUUCAACAAGAGGGUCCCUGACCAAUGUCUGCCCGUGGAAUUGCAGGGGCGCUUGGUCUACAUGGCCUCACGAGUACUCCCCAUGGGAUUUGCUAACUCAGUGAGCCUGGCACAGCAUGUGCACCGCAAUCUGACGCUUUGGAGCCAUGAGCAUAUCCCGGAGGCAGCCACUAGUGUGGCAGCCCCUGAAGCGGAAGUGCGGAAAGACAGACCUCUGACAGCGGCAAAUCCUUCUUGGAGGAUAUACUUGGACAAUUUUGACCUCCUUGAAAAAGUGAGGGCGGUGGAACAGGAAACUCAUGAACCCUGA